GUUGUCUGCGCCGGUCCCUUUCCUCCUGCAGAUGGUACGGGUCAAACGGCUAUAGUUCCGGCCCCAUUGGUUAGUCCCGGUGUUGCCAACAUGACUAGCGAUGGGCCUGGUGGCUCGUUCUACAGACCACUGGCGUCGCCUUUGAAAACAGGCCAAGCACGUCUGAUAACUCAAGGCACAAAAUUCGAGGCCUGUCUAGUUCUCUUCAUGCUUCGUUACUUCUUCACAAUGGCUAGUAGCCUCUGGUGGCUUAUGCUAACCAUCGCUUGGUAUUUGGCCGCCAAGUGCCAUUGGGCACAUGAGGCAAUUUCUCGUAAUGCACAAUAUUUUCAUCUAGCUGCGUGGGCUCUUCCAGCUGCCAAGACGGUUGGACUGCUUGCUCUGGGCAAAGUGAGACAAUAUGAUUUGGUAUCCUAUACUUUUUAUGUUGUUCUGCCUCAAGUCAGCAAUCACCACUUUUCUGCAAGCAUGUGGGCAAAACCGGGAAGCAAUGAACCAAUUCUUCAGUCCUUAAUUAAGUGGAUAAGUCUAGGUAAUAAGAAGUAA